AUGCCCUCCACCACAGACGAUCCCAGCACCUCCCCUCCGCUCCUCGCCCCCCUCGCGACCCUCGCCCCCGCCAGCGCCGCGCGCACGUGGAUGACGGCGCCCCACCCGUCGCUGCCGCUCGUCGCGACCGCGUCGUCGGACAAGACGGUCCGCGUGUACAGCCUCGCGACGUUUUCGCUCGCGUCGACGGUGGCGGGCGGGCACAAGCGGUCGGUGCGGGCGUGCGCGUGGAAGCCUGCGGGAAAUGGUAAUAGUGGUGGUAUGGCGGAGAGCGUGUUGGCGACGGGGAGUUUCGAUGCGAGUGCGGGGGUGUGGAGGCGGUGGGAGGGUGGUGGUGGGAGUGGUGCUGGGGGGACGACGGGGGGUGGGGCGAUGGAGGUGGAUGUUGCGGCGGGGGACGACGAGGAGGAGGAGGACGAGGAGUGGCGGUUCAGCGUCAUCCUGGACGGGCACGAGAGCGAGAUCAAGAGCGUGGCGUGGAGCGCCGGCGGGCAGUUUCUGGCGACGUGCAGCCGGGACAAGAGCGUGUGGGUGUGGGAGGAGGUCGAGGACGACAACUUCGAGACGAUCGCCGUGCUGCAGGAGCACGAGGCGGACGUCAAGUGCGUCGUGUGGCAUCCGGCCGAGGACCUGCUGGCGAGCGCGAGCUAUGACGAUACCAUCAGGUUGUAUCGGGAGGACGUGGACGAUUGGACGGCGGUGGCGUGUAUCACGGGGCAUGAGGCGACGGUGUGGUGUGUGGAUUUCGAGGCGGUGGAGGUGUCGGGGCUGAGGGUUGAGGAGGAGGGGGGAGAGGGAGAGGGAGCGGCGCUGUCGGAGGAGAGGAAGGCGGAGAGGGCGAGGUGGUUGCAGGAGAGGGUCGCGUCGGGGAGCAGGUUGGUGUCUUGCUCGGACGAUUUGACGGUGAGGGUGUGGAAGAUGAAGCCCAAGGAUGGCGGGGCGGCGCAGGGGGCGGCGGGCAGGAACGGGAUGCCGAGCAUCCUGCGCACGAGCAGCAUCGAGGAGGAGUGGGUGCAGGAGGCGGUGCUGCCCAGGAGGCAUGGUCGUGCCAUCUACUCGGUCAGCUGGAGCAAGAAGUCGGGUCUUAUCGCCAGCACGGGCAGCGAUGGGAAGAUCGUCGUGUACAAGGAGCAGUGGAGGAGGGAAAGCAGCGACGCGACGGUGCCGCGGCCUGCUGAUGGUGACGGCGCAGCGGAGGGGCAGAAGGAGGAGGCGCAGCCCUUGACUGAGUGGGUCGUCGUCGCCGAGGUCGAGGGUGCACACGACGUCUUCGAGAUCAACCACGUUACGUGGGCGCUGCGGAGAGACAAGGGAAGGAAGUCGGAGGAUGAAGAGGUCAUAAUCAGCACGGGAGACGAUGGCGAGGCCAAGCUUUGGACCCUGCCCUGA